AAGAACUCAUGGCGGCUGUGUUGUGUCUCACAAAGGAAACAUUUCAACUCGUGCAGCAACAACGAGUUCAGUUCAGGCUUUGAGGGAGUUUAUCAAGCAGCGACUAACUGCUGCUGCUGGAGAAAUCUUCACCGUGUUUCAACAAACUGCGGUUCCGUUCGAGGAGGAGAUUUAUCGACAGCAAAGACUUCUGGAAAUCAAGUGGAAACAUCAAGUCAAGUUACACAGAAAAGAGAGUCCACAGCAACACAUUGGUAACCAGAAGACGAGCUCCAGUCUGGAGCAGGAGGAACAUGAAGCUCCACACAUUAAAGAGGAGGAUGUUGUUGAGGUGACUGUUACUGAUGGUGAAGGAGACAAUUCUCACCACUCUGUGAGAGACUGGACCACCCAGAGACUAGCUGCUGCUGCUGAGGAGAUAUUCACUCUGUUUCAACAAGCUGUGGUUCAGUACGAGGAGGAGAUUGGUCGCCAACGCAGAAUGCUGGAAAUCAACUGGAAUCCUCAAAUCAAGUUAACCAGAACAGAGCUCCCACAGCACCAUGACCAUAGCGAGGAGCAGCUCUUUAAACAGGAAACAAACAACUGUGGAGGUCAGGAAGAACUAGAACCUCCUCAGAUCAAAGGCGAACCAGAAGAAACAGGACUUCUACAGUUUAAAGAGGAACAGGUAGAACCAGAACCCCCUCAGAUCAAAGAGGAACCACAAGAAACGGGACUUCUCCAGUUUAAAGGGGAACAGGAGGAACCAGAACCUUCACAGAUCAAAGAGGAACCAGAAGAACCAGGACUUCUCCAGUUUAAAGAGGAACAGGAGGAACCAGAACCUCCACAGAUUGAGAAGAACAAGGAACUCAGUAUCAGCCAGGAGGGAGAGCAGCUCACACUGAAGUUACCAAGUAGAUUAAAUUUGGUUCAGGAGCAAAGUGACCUGAGUGAACCAGAAGAAGUUCCAGACAAUCAGCAGAUCCUCCCUCAGGACUCUAAAGUCCAUGAUGUGAAAAAUUACACGGGUGAGAAGCCGUAUUCUUGUGAAACAUGUGGGAGAAGUUUCAGUCGACAGAGUAAUUUGUUGAUCCACAAGAGAACUCACACAGGUGAAAAGCCGUAUUCUUGUGGAACAUGUGCCAAAAGUUUCAGUGUACUUUGUUCGUUGAGACGCCACAUGAAAUCUCACAAAUAGGUGAAGUCAUGAAAGACUCUGUGGAAGAUCUCAUUCAGGAAGCCCAGCUUGAACACAGAAACACAAGGUAUCAUCCAGUUUGCUGGAAACAUUCCUGAUUUGAACAGUUGAGACUGUGCAUCAAUAAUUUUUUUUGUAACACAAUUAUUUUUGCUUUUUGAUUUGUUAAAAAAAAAAAAAUGUAGCAUGAACAUUUUACAUGAGUAGAUGUGAACUUUGAUGAAAUAGAA